ACACUCUACCGUUGGUCAUCCUGAGUAAAGGUGAAUUCUCGUGGAAACUUAUCUGGCACUUCCGGCAGCUCCGGACUGAUGGAUGCGAUGCGAUGGUCGUCGUUCGUUCGUGACCGUAGCCUGAAAAUAUUUUUGCGGAUGACGUUCUCUCGCGUGCCUGAGAUCGGCCGGGGGACAUUACGUUUACGGUUAUUAUUACGCGACUAAACACGGGCACGAAGCCUGUAUCCGUUAUCCGCGGUGUCGCCGGGGGAGCUUGUGCAAUGGAGAGUAUAUUUCACGAGAAGCAAGAGGGAUACCUGUGCGCCCAGCACUGCCUGAACGCGCUUCUGCAAGGUCCGUACUUCAACGCCGUGGACCUGGCGAAUUUCGGCCACCAGAUGGACGAGGAGGAGAGAAUCCGGAUGGCCGAGUCGGGCAUCGACAGCGAGGAUUACAAGCUAUUCCUCGAGGUAAACCAACCAUCGGGAAACAUGGACGACAGUGGAUACUUUUCAGUUCAAGUUAUUAGCAGUGCUUUGAAAGUUUGGGGUUUAGAGCUGAUUCCAUAUAACAGCACAGAACCAACAGCAUUACUGGCACAGAAUGAUCCUUCGCGGAUGAGAGCAUAUAUUUGUAAUUAUAAGGGACAUUGGUUUACGAUAAGAAAACUUGGAAACCAGUGGUUUAAUUUAAAUUCAAUGCUUAGCGGACCUCAGCUUAUAUCAGACACGUACCUCACAAUGUACCUAGCUCAAUUGUUACAAGAAGGUUAUUCUAUUUUUAUCGUUAUUGGUACCCUUCCGCAAUGCCCCGCUGAAGACGUUCUUCUGAAAAAUCCUAUAGUUGCGACGAAGAGCAGUUCAAAUGCAGAAUCAAAGUCCACAUCCAAAGGCAAUCGUUUGGGCACCAAGCUGGAGGACGAGAUUAUGAAAACUGCACUUGCAAUGGGAGAGGUGAAGGUCCCACAACCAUCCUCAAGUGCGACCAGAAACGUGUCCUCGCUCUUGCACAAAUCCGAACUGUCCACGGACGGAUCUCGCGAAAGGAUAAUCCCGAUAAGAGUCGAAGGCAGGGAGGAGAAGAGCGACGACGAGGAGGAGGACGAAAACGUGCAAUUGGCUAGAGCCUUACAAAUGAGCUUGCAGAACGACGAGGACGACAUGGACAAAACGCUCAAGUUGAGACUGGAUCUUCAUACUGACGACGGUAUAAAGACGACGCAUUUAGCGAACUCGGCGAACGAUGUGGACGAGGACGACGAGUUGAGACGAGCCUUGCAGCUCAGUCUCGAAUGCGUAACCGCCCCGUCGACGCCCGAUCCCGAGGAUCUGCGCUGGCGUCGGCUAAAUCACUUCGGCAUCUACUCGAGGACAUCCAGCAGUGAAGCUCCCGCGAAGCUGAACACUUAACAAUAAGCGCGAACUUUCUACACAAAUUAUCUGUUACUAAACUGACUCUGCUGUAAAUUAAUACAUUCGAGUAGUUGCGCUCGAGAAAAUACGUCACUUUGUAUACUAAUGAUAAGAGAGCAACAAUGAUAGGAGAGGCACCCUUGUCACAAAAUGAGAUUGAGGUACAUUUCCGAUUCCUCCGAGACCGAGUGGGGCUCUUGUUAACUUCUUGUUCUCCCUCUCAAUUUUGUUAUACUAAUCGUUCUCGGAAUAAAAAUGUUUGAACAAGAAA